UAAAAAUAUAUCAAAUCUCUUUUUUGACCAAAUAAUUUAUUUUUUUACCUAAUUAAAAAAAAUCAAAUCUUAUUUCUUUUUGACAAAUCAAAUCUUUAUUUCUUAAAAAGUAAAUCAUACUAUAUUACUACUAUAAAUUAGGGUUUGAAACUUGAAAGCAUUGAUCAGAGUACCGAAGAAAACCAGAAGAUAGUUUGCAAAAUCGAUGUUAGAAACUGAGAUGAUGAAGCCUUAUCUAUGGCUUCAAACUGGCGAUGAUUCAAUCCAACAAGUGGAACAAGAGGUUGCACUUGUUUGCCCAUUUAUAUGUCAAGAAUUUAAAUUACAAAAGGGCAUAGGAUCUUCCAAAAAUCGUCCGAUAUGUCUUCCCGAACAAGUUCGUAAUCCGGCAUUGUUGAAUUUGAUUCUUAGUUAUUGUCGAUUUCAUCUAACGCCAGGCCACUCGAACAAGGAACGAAAAUCGUAUGAUGAGAAAUUUGUUAAGAUAAUGAAUACAAAUAGUCUAUCUGAAUUGGUGGGUGCCGUGCACAGCCUUCGAUUAAGGCCAUUAAUCAAUCUCACAUGUUCUGCACUAGCUCGACGAAUUGAAGAUAGUUCACCGGAAGAGAUACACCAGAUGUUUUGUGCGCCUGAAGAUCUUAUGGAGGAAGAGAAAUUGGAGUCGUUCAGUAAUGUAACUUGUGAUGCACGUGUUAGGCUUUUGAACUUGUAUUUCGAUAAGAGAAGAGAACUUAGAGAGCCUGAAAGGAUUCUACACGACCUUCAGCUACAACAUACGAAUGUAGUAGAUGAACGUCCGGUUGACGAACUUUUGUCGUUUAUUAAUGGAUCGAAUGAUGAAGAACCGAAGCCGAAUAAAACUCGGAAGAAUAAAAAAAAGAACCAGAGAAAGGAAAAACAACAGCAAAAGAAAUCUAGUUUGAAGGAAGCACCUAUACAACAUAAUAAGAAGGAAGAAGAUGAUCCUAAAGUUGAGUUCAAUGAUGAAGAGUUUGAUCAAACCAUAAUGGCAAAAAUUGAUAAAGAAGUGGAAGAAUUUGCACGCAGAUUGAAUACUGAAUGGUCAGAGAGAAUAAAAGAAUUUUUUGAGAGAUGCUAGUAGCAAGCACAAGGAAAUUG